AUGGCCGAACAACACGACAAUGUGGUCUUUGAUGAGGCUGAAUUUCUGCAUCCUUACCAGUCAUUUCUAGAAUAUCUUUAUUCACCAACUCUGCAUUGGCCGGUGGGCAUCCCGCAAGAUCCCAGUUGGCAGUAUCAGCAACUGAGCCCAGAUGGCCUGUUCGAUACUGGUAUGCACCGCAGUUCCGGAUGGACUGACGACAAUUCGACUGAUCCAAGGCUGUCUAAAAUGGUUUGGCCGCUCCCGGAUGCUGGCGGCCCCGCAGGCAUGUUGGAUACCGGCGUAGGGUUCACCAAUCCUCCACCAUUCCUGCCUACACAGUACGAGACUUGGCUUCCGCAGACCGCAAACUCAGAACAGGUGAGGGAUCACGACGCUACACGGGCGGCCGUGGUGGAAAGACUUUCCAUGCCAUCACCAGACACGAUUCCGGGCUGUGCCCAACCAACACUAUUGCCACCAUCUAGAGGGCACAGCACUCGUGUAUAUGAGAUUUUGGAGGCACACUUCAGUUCCCCAAGUGGCCCUGGCACAGUUGAUGAACUGGUAAAGGAGACCGGUUUGAAUGUUAACCAAAUCAUGGCGUGGUUUCGUUACCGCCGCAGGACACGGCCAAUGAAGAGGGCACCCAACCCACUUCAUUUCGUCAAGACAACCAUGUGUCCGACGCUCGCUUUGAGUUUCCAACCAGGCUUGAGGGUUGUGGUUUCCGGCUGUUUCGUCAGAAUCGACUCUGAACCGGUAUGUAUACGGAACCAGAAGCUUCUCAACCUCUUCUGCUGUUUGACGUUCACGCCGUCAGAGAGAGAGGUCAUCGGUUUCAGUCAAUUCACCAUCUCUCUAUCAGCAAGAUCCUUGAGCGGCAGCAGCAUUGGCCUCUCGUACUACGCAUCGAGACCCAGGAGGAAGAAGGAAGGGGCGCUCACGCAGCAAAUGUCAUUCUUGAACACCGCAGCUACAGGUCAGCCAAAUGCAGAUCUCGUCGCUGACUUCAGAGUGUUCCAUUUUGAUAGGUGUUGUUACAAGUUUACUUCAGAGCGUUUCUUUUUGGUCGUCGAGAUCUUCACGAAUUUCAACCAGAGACCUGGGGAAAAUCACCGACUGUUUGCCAGGACUGAAAGCGAGGCGGUCAGAGUUAAGGACGCAACCGUCGAGAUGCAUCGGAUUCGGAAGAAGAAAUAA